AUGCAGGCGCGCUACUCCGUGUCCAGCCCCAACUCCCUGGGAGUGGUGCCCUACCUCGGCGGCGAGCAGAGCUACUACCGCGCGGCGGCGGCGGCGGCCGGGGGCGGCUACACCGCCAUGCCGGCCCCUAUGAGCGUGUACUCGCACCCCGCGCACGCUGAACAGUACCCGGGCAGCAUGGCGCGCGCCUACGGGCCUUACACGCCGCAGCCGCAGCCCAAGGACAUGGUGAAGCCGCCUUACAGCUACAUCGCUCUUAUCACCAUGGCCAUCCAGAAUGCCCCGGACAAGAAGAUCACCCUGAAUGGCAUAUACCAGUUUAUCAUGGACCGCUUCCCCUUCUACCGGGACAAUAAACAGGGCUGGCAGAACAGCAUCCGCCACAACCUCUCGCUCAACGAGUGCUUCGUCAAGGUGCCCCGCGACGACAAGAAGCCUGGCAAGGGCAGCUACUGGACGCUGGACCCGGACUCCUACAACAUGUUCGAGAACGGCAGCUUCCUGCGGCGGCGGAGGCGCUUUAAGAAGAAGGACGCGGUGAAGGACAAGGAGGAGAAGGGCCGCCUGCACCUCCAGGAACCGCCGCCGCCGCAGGCCGGUCGCCAGCCAGCGCCCGCGCCCCCGGAACAGGCCGAGGGCUCCGCUCCCGGGCCGCAGCCGCCGCCAGUGCGCAUCCAGGACAUCAAGACGGAGAACGGUACGUGUCCCUCGCCGCCCCAGCCCCUGUCCCCGGCUGCCGCCUUAGGCAGCGGCAGCGCCGCCACGGUGCCCAAAAUCGAGAGCCCCGACAGCAGCAGCAGCAGUCUGUCGAGCGGGAGCAGCCCUCCGGGCAGCCUGCCGUCGGCGCGGCCGCUCAGCCUGGACACUGCGGAACCCGCGCCGCCUCCACAGUCUGCGCCGCCGCCGCAUCACAGCCAGGGCUUCAGCGUGGACAACAUCAUGACUUCGCUGCGGGGGUCGCCCCAGGGCUCGGCCGCGGAGCUCGGCUCAGGCCUCCUGGCCUCGGCGGCCGCGUCCUCGCGUGCGGGCAUCGCGCCCCCGCUGGCACUGGGCGCCUACUCGCCCGGCCAGAGCUCCCUCUACAGCUCCCCCUGCAGCCAGAGCUCCAGUGCGGGCAGCUCGGGAGGCGGCAGCGGAGGCGGUGGCGGUGGCAGUGCCGGGGGUACUGGGGGCGCAGGCACCUACCACUGCAAUCUUCAGGCCAUGAGCUUGUACGCGGCGGGCGAGCGCGGCGGCCACUUGCAGGGCCCGCCCGGAGGCGCGGGCAGCGCGGCAGUAGACGACCCCCUGCCUGACUACUCGCUGCCCCCAGUCACCAGCAGCAGCACUUCGUCCCUGAGUCACGGAGGGGGUGGCCAGGAGACCAGCCACCAUCCAGCUGCCCACCAAGGCCGGCUCACCUCGUGGUACCUGAACCAGGCAGGUGGAGACCUGGGUCACCUGGCGAGCGCGGCGGCGGCUGCGGCGGCCGCGGGCUAUCCUGGGCAGCAGCAGAACUUCCACUCGGUGCGGGAGAUGUUCGAGUCACAGCGGAUAGGGUUGAACAACUCUCCGGUGAAUGGUAAUAGUAGCUGUCAGAUGGCUUUUCCUGCCAGCCAGUCUCUGUACCGCACGUCGGGGGCUUUCGUCUAUGACUGUAGCAAAUUCUGA